AUGUAUCAAUGGCUGUGUUGCAGGUUGUGGGAAACUGGCUGGAAGCAGCGCUACUACAAGAACAAAUUCGACGUGGACGCCUCCGACGAGAAAUUCCGGCGCAAGGUCGUGCAGUCCUACGUGGAAGGGCUUUGCUGGGUUCUCAGAUAUUACUAUCAGGGCUGUGCAUCCUGGAACUGGUAUUACCCCUUUCACUACGCUCCCUUUGCCUCUGACUUCGAGGGGAUUGCAGACAUGCCCUCAGAUUUUGAGAAGGGCUCCAAACCGUUCAAGCCCCUCGAACAACUGAUGGGAGUGUUUCCAGCUGCAAGUGGGAACUUCCUGCCCCCGACCUGGAGGAAGCUGAUGACAGACCCGGUGAGAAUCCUUGUUGUGUCCACUCUGUGAGGCUGGCUCACCUUG